AUGGCUUUCGCCCCAAAACCCCAGUUCUUUCUGAUCAGACCUGGAGCUGAGGAGAUCACGUCCGAAGGACAAAUCGUCGUCCAACCCGCAACCGCUGUGCCUCUCAUCCCUGCGGACCUUUUACCUCACUGGGUGGAAGUUGUCGGCGUCCCGCGAAGUUUAUCAGGAGAUGAGACAAAAGACAUGGGAAACCUGGGUGUCAUUCAUGCAGAGCAGCAUACCUACAAGCUCCGAUUCGAUCCCAUCACUGAAGAUGAGGCCUUUGCCAGUGAUGGAACGGAAGAAGAAAUCCCUUGUGAAUCUAUCAUGCAGCCUAGUGUUGGCAUAUGGGGCUCGCCAAUUCCUCACCACACUUCUCCUGAAGACCAUGGACUAGGAGCCUUGAAGUCUCUACCAUCUCACACUUCAGCUCCUAGAGUCAAGCUUAAAGCGCCCCAGGGACUCUCAUCAAGUCGUCACAACCCGAAAAACCAGCAGCAGCCAAACCCUGCUUUUCAGAAAGAGCCAUCGCCAAUCCAAACCAACACCACAUCACCAUCAUCACAACUCCCUACACCAUGCCGACACUGGUGCCACCAUGGAGUCUGCAAAUGGGGUAUGGAUUGUCACUACGAACACACAAUGCCCUUAUCGUCAGAAGGUCUUGCAGAAGUUGGUCUCUCACAGUUCCCCGAUUGGUGGCUCCAGGCACGGGGCGUCAUGCCAAUGCCUUUAGAGGUGCUUCGCGCUGCGGAUGUAUCGAGUGCUCGUCGAAUGGACAGGAAGAUGAUGAGCUAUGCCAAGAGGAAGCCUCGGUUCCGAGUUCGUGCGAAGCGUGUCGGCGCGAGACGUGUAGAUGUUGAUGAGGCUUCAGAGGUGGAAGCAGAGGAUGGAUAUGGAGAGGAACCAGAGGUGCAAGAACCGACGAGGGAAAGAGAGGGCAUUUUGAUUGAAUUUUGA